UUCGGCAGAGAGAGUCCGGACUCAGAAGCGGUGGGGUGCGGCUAAUGUAGGAAAGAAGUUCGCUUCGAGCCAUCUCCUUGCAUCUGAGUCCAUGGAUGAGGCGCCUGGGCCCAACGAUUACAUAUACUAUGGAGCUCGCCCAUACGUGCGGACGAUGGUUUGGUGUAUAUGCGCCCUCGUCGUUUGCGUUCAAUGCCCAGUACCAGGAGAUUUCUGGAACGACGAUUGCGGGGACGGGGUGCCAGGUGAUAGAUUAGACUCAUGCCUCGCAAGCACGGCAUGACAAUCCGAGAACCGACGUGCCUCCCACGUGACAUCAUAUAUCGUACUUUCGGCUCCCGUUACGACAGAUGAGUUCACAAUGUGCCCCGGCGUGCCCGUACACGCUUGUUACCUGUGCACGAAUUCUCGACUGGCUGCUCCGUCAAGUUCUGUAGAUCCUUCCCACUCUGUCUCGAGCCCAUGGCUGUACAUGCUCGUCUGGAAAUCAAAGUUCAUCGAUCCCACUUUCCGCUGUCAGAGAAGUCAUCCCACGAGGUCGUGGAGAUCAAUGGGGCUAAGGAGCAACGCACUUUCCUUCUCCCCAUGAGAUCUGCCCCCAUGAACAACGACAAAGCCGAAGUGGAAGCCAACCUGGAUAGAAAGGCGUCCAGUGUGAUUGCACGUGGCAUGGUCACGACUGGUCAUGCUAUGUGCAGACUGCAGCAGCUGAUUGUUCUGAUGAAAGAACAGACUGAUAUCCUGACGCGCAUGGACAAUUUCCAGGCUUCUGGGACACUCAAUCAAUUCCGCAAGUACCUGAAACAGGUAAUAGCACCUGAGAGCCUCUCAUAAAAGCCAAAACACCGGCUCUUGUUUUAGAAAGGGCAAAGGCUAUAGAACCAUGUUACUGGAGGUUCAGUGUCUUUGGGAGCUGGGAUCAUACCCUCCUGGAAGAACUCUCUGUUCAACUUGCAUCUUGACAACAGAACACUGGGUAUUCCAAGACGAUGACUACAUAACAUAUUUGAAUGACAUGAAGGAUACAAUGGCUCGGUUUCCGUUUAGCGUGGCCACAGAGCUACUCAGGCUUGUGAUGGAUCAAGCUGGUAUCGCGGACACCCACCUUCUCCGAUCCCCGCUUCCAUCAAGCUCGACUGCACAGCCGUUCACACCGAUCCUGCCUGGAUUCUCCUGUGGGCCUCCCUCUGGCAACAGCACCCGGCGAUCCUCGCGCAGCGCAUGGUCAUUGCUGAGAACUGAACGAGUCUUGGAGAGGGUAGUGAGUACCCUGUGCCGUUUACGUAGGCAGUAGUGCUUCAUAUACCAUCAAGUCGAGAAAUUAUUUUCUUCCGUUGAUUGUCCAACUGAUUGCUCGGAGGAUGUGGCAUGGUUGCAACCCGGAGACGGGUCAUGUCGUCUUCUCCGCUAAUCGAGCAGCCUUGAUCUCCCUGUAUUUCGCCACCGCUGAGAGACGUGCAGCCUCAAGCGCCAGCUGUUGAGCUGGAGAGA